GAAAUCCACAUCUCGCUCUUCUACCCUAUAUAGACUUAGUACUUUGCAUUGUACAGACCUAACAGCAUGUCCAGAAAUGAUAACGAGGUAGCACAGAGAAUUCUUGUCUUAUCCGCCCCUCUCGAUGUGACUUCCGUCCAGCUCAAAGCGAGAAUUCACCUCGAUGAAAAUUAUACCCACUUGGAAUUCCUUCAUCCUCCUCAAGCGGGUCCUAGUACACCUCGAUCACAUCUGAACUUCAACCCCAAGAAGAGAAGUCUAAAUGAUGAAAUUACUUAUUGGGAGAAUAAAGAAGCCAUCACUGCUAGAGAAUUAGAAGAGACUUCCAAAAUAUUACCUGGUUUAUUAGACGAGACACAGACUAGAUUACAAACAUUCCUUUCAUCCGCACAAGAUCUAUCAUUGAAACGAUAUGCUCUCGCAGAUCAACUUGUACAAUUGCUCUCGGACUUGUCAUCGUCUUCUGGAACAGAAAAGUCGGAAGAUGAAGAAUUGAGAAGAACUGUUCUGGACCAGAUGAAGGGCCUUCAGGCAGAGUUGACAAGGUUGGAAGCGGGUCUUUCUUGGAUUCAGGUAUUAGAAAAACUUCUUAUCCUCCGAGACCAAAUAUUAAAUCAGAAGAACCAUCAUCCAUCCCCCCUUGCCGCUUUGCCAAAAUUGUCUGAACUAAACGAUAUGGUGAAGAAAGUACAGGAUGCUGUACCGGGGGAUAUGACUUUACUGAGAUCGAUUGUGGAUGUUAGAGAUGAAGCUUGGAAGGGUUUGAAGGAUGUAAUGACGCAACAAUUGUUAGAAGCGAGUGAAACCCUGUCAUGGCCACUCAAGACCGAUUAUCCUGCCGUGCCACCCCAUCAAAGAAGAACGUUCGAGAGGUGUUUUCAGGAUUUGUUGUAUUUGCAAAUUGAAGGAGAGAGAAUGGGCUUGACAGGAGCAAAGACCCGUCAUUGGUCUUCUGGGCAAGGGUUAUUUUCAAUACAAGCCAUGAUUCGACCUAUAGAAUUACGCUUCAAAUAUCAUUUUCAAGGAUCGAAAAGUACCAAUCGGGUUGACAAGCCAGAAUGGGCUUUCUCCAACAUCCUCGAUCAAAUUUAUCAACACACAGAUUUCAUAUCCGACUACCUGCAACCUCUCGUCUCUCGCUCGGGAUCCUCUGAAGUUGAUGUAAAGUCCGAAUUCACUCUACUUCUCUUUCCUGUGCUACUCAACCUUCUCCGUACUCGUAUUCCUCGCUUGCUCGAUAGUCCAGCUUUGUUGGCACACACAAUAUACCAAACUAUCAUCUUCGACGACGCUAUCAGAGAUAUGGACUUUGACCUGGGUGGAGUAUCAGUAAGUGAUGGAUCCGAGAAAGAGUGGGAAGGACUAGCGGGGGUGAUUCUGAAGGAGAAUGGGUGGUUUGAGCAAUGGCUAGAAGGGGAGAGAACUUUCGCAGAAGGACAACUGAAUGAGAUCAUCUCUUCCCCUGACGCGUGGACCAUAGAAGAUCCGCCUUCGGAGGAUGAACGGGGUCUCCAACCACUGCGACCGACCCAAUCUGCCCGUCAGGUGAAGGCUCUGAUCGAGCAGAUCCAAGAACGAUACUCUCCCCUUCCCGCUUUAGAAAACAAAAUCCCAUUCCUUACGACCAUUCAACUUCCGCUUCUGUCAACAUACCAUAGAAGAAUCUCCUCUUCACUAGAUGCAUUCGAAAGUGUCAGUUCGGCAUUUGUCAGAGCUGUCCCUGGUGCUCUGGCGAACUCUAGGAGUGGGAUAGUGUACGACCAAUCUGCUUUGACUGCUGGGAAACAGGGUUUGGAAAGGUUAUUGAAGGGUUUGUUAAGUGUGGAUUGGGUUUUGGAAGCUUUGAAGGGUUGGGCGGAUGAUCCUUUUUAUGUCGAACUCACUGGAGAUAUCCAAACGUCAUCAAUGAGAUGGAAGCUUCAGUCAGAACCAUUGUUACCUUCAUCUUUACUCGCCCUGUCGGAUCCUAGCCAAGUAUCCGUGUUUGACGUGAUUAUUGACCAAUAUCAAUCACUGCAUUCUCGAGCGGAAGAUAUGAUAGUACGUUUGGUCACUAUGGAAGUGGAGAAUGACCUUAAGGAACAUCUCAAGCGUCGUUGGGAUCCUCCUACUUCAGAACAUCACACCGAACCAGACUCUUCCCUUUCAUCCAGUCUCACAACAUACACUUCUCAUCUAACUUGUCUUCAUCUUUUACCUCCUGUUCAAACAUCUUCCAUUUAUCGUCGUAUAGUCAACCAUCUAGUCAAUCAUAUCUCCCAACGAGCGGUUUACGCAGGUUGGUCAAAAUUCACCUCUCAAGGUGGUCGAGAUCUAUACACAGAAAUAGAAGAUUGGGUGCAAGCUGGUACAUGUUUGUCACACCCAGAAGAAGGAAUACCUAUGGAGAUGGUCAAAGCCCCUUGGAAUAAGUUGAUGGAUAUGGCUAAAGUGUUGAGUUUACCUACAGAGUCAGAAGUAUCAUCAAUUUCUCGAGAACGGCUUGGUUCUAGCACAGGUGUGAGAGGAGGGGAGGAAGAUCAAAGAGGCAGACAUGGGGCGAAGGGGGAAGAAGAAGUGAUGACUUUCGAAAAUGCUGUGGAUGUCGCUUGGGGAGAUGAAGAUGUUUUUGAGAGGUUUAAAUCUAAAGUUGGGAUAACGAUUAUGAGGGAAGAAGUACAAGGUGUUUUGAAAAGACGAGUAGAAUGGCAUUGACUUGGGAUAUG